AUUACUUGGGGACAUAAAUUUGAAUUAGAUGGCAUGCUUUGUCUGUUAUGAACAGACUUUUUUCUUCAAAUGGCUGAAAAAGGAUGAAUGUUAUUCUGGUAGCAGUCUUUCAUGAAGUCAUACCAUCAAACAAAUGUAAACUCUUAAAGUUCAGAGAGCAUUUAAGGAAGACAUACAUGAACAUGUCAGCACUGUGGAGAUUCUUCUACUGCAUGGCAGCCAUUUUUGCAAGCAAACCACCCACACCUACAUUACAACUAGAUUUAUUUUCUAGUUUAUUGUCUGAUGAAGAUGUAGCAGGAGAGAAGACAAAACAUAACUUGGAAAGGCACAUACGAGCAUCAGGUGCAGUUGGUGACAGUCUUCCUUUCAGUCAUGAAGUAGAUGUUGAAAUAGCCAUUCCACCAGAUAAAGUUGAGAGUCUGAUAGCAUUCUUCAGAAAUAAGCUACUUGUGUUUUCGGUAAUGAAUAGCUCAACAGUAGUGGGAAAUGUCACAUCUGCAGCUGUUUCUACAGUGUGCACUGACAGCGAAUGUACCUGUGAGGAUGGUUAUCUCUGGGAUCCUACAGUCUGCAGUUCUCAGGCAUGCCACAGUGUACCUGUAAAUUCAAGCUGUAACUGCAUCAAUAUAACUUCAACAAAGAGCACCUGUGAGCCUAAAGUUCCAGCUACAUCUCUUCCUAACACUACUGCUUCACCCACUAUAAGCAUCUCAACAGAAAGUAAUGCUAAGUGCAUAAAUGGAUCUGGGAUAAUUCAAACAGAUGAAUGUGCAGCCAAAGAAAUACAUCAGUUAUUUGAAAUGCUUCAAUCAGGGAAUGUCAGUGUUACUGCUGCGAUGGAGAUGCUCGUAAAUUUAACUUUUAGUGACAAGAUCAGUGUAACAACACCUGCAAAUAUUGGUGCUAUAGUUAAAAUAUUUGAUCUCCUUACUCAGACUCCUGAGAAAAAUGUCACUGAAGCAACAAUGGGGAAUUUUGUGAAAGUGACUGAUGUAAUUGUUAGCAAUGAGUCAGUGAGCAGCUGGGCUAAGCUUAACAACACAAAUACAAGUUCUGUUUUACUACAGUCUGUCGAAAAGUUCACAAGGCUGCUUUCAACAGAAAAAGACAACAUUAAUAUUACAAAAGAAAACAUUGAACUUCAAGGAAUAAAAUUGUCUCCACAAAACAGUAAUGCAAAUUUCAGCAGCAACUUCCUGAAUGUCCGAAGCAGCGUAUUUAUUCCCUCUGAUCAGAUUAAACACCUACCGAUGGAUUCACUUGUUCUCGUCAUUGGGUAUCCUACUCUUUCAAAUAUCUUGCCAAAGAAUUUUGGACAAAGUAAUAAAAUUCUGCCCAUCAACGGGAUUGUUAUAUCAGUCACAGUAAAUGGGAGUAUAAACAAUGUAACACUGACAUUCCAAAAGACAGAUACAUCAUUAAUGGCAAAUCAGUGUGUGUUUUGGGAUUUUAAUACACACAGUUGGAAUAACACUUGCAUUCAGUAUGAUAGUAAAGACUUUGUUACAUGUGUUUGUGACCAUCUAACUUCAUUUUCAGUUCUGAUGUCACCAUAUACCAUAUCUUUUGAAUGGUUGGACUGGAUUGCAUAUAUUGGCGCUGGAGUAUCCAUCGGAAGUUUAGUAAUCUGCCUCAUCAUUGAAGGAAUCGUGUGGACAUUUGUAAUAAAAAAUAAAACCUCUUACAUGAAGCAUGUUUCUAUAGUAAAUAUAGCAGUUUCACUCCUGAUUGCAGACAUUUGGUUCAUAAUAGGUGCUUCUCUGGCUGAAGAUGGAAACAUUCCUAAGGAGAAACCAGCUUGCAAAACUGCAACAUUCUUUAUUCAGUAUUUUUACCUUUGUCUGUUUUUCUGGAUGCUGGUCUUGGGCAUGAUGCUAUUCUACCGUGUGGUGCUUGUUUUCCACGAUAUGAGCAGAACUACAUUAAGGGUGAUUGCAUUUUUGUUGGGAUAUGGAUGCCCACUGCUCAUUACAAUCAUUACUAUUGCAGUUACUGAACCAAACAGAGCAUAUGUAAGAAAUUAUUCCUGUUGGCUAAACUGGGACGAAAGUAAAGCACUUCUUGCUUUUGUUAUUCCAGCACUAUGUAUCAUUGCUGUCAACUUUGUGAUCCUGCUGGUUGUGAUUGCUCAAAUUCUAUGUUCUUCUACUGGAAACAGGCACAGGGCAGAUGAGAAAAGUGCACUGAUUAAAGUUGGGAGAAUUGUUGCUACUUUAACCCCACUUUUAGGACUCACUUGGGGAUUUGGAUUAGGGACCAUUACUGAAGGUCGGUUGGUUGCUCUUCAUGUCAUCUUUACUUUACUAAAUGCUUUUCAGGUAAGCAGUUUGAAUUUAACUAGUAUAAAAUAUUUAAUAACAGCACUUUGGGUUAGAAAAUGA